GCUCGCCAACCCAGGGCCGCCGCCGCCCGCGUGCAGGAAACCAACAUGUCUGACAAAAGUGACUUAAAAGCUGAGCUAGAGCGCAAAAAACAGCGCUUAGCACAGAUAAGAGAAGAGAAGAAACGGAAGGAAGAGGAGAGAAAAAAGAAAGAGGCUGACAUGCAGCAGAAGAAAGAACCGGUUCCAGAUGACUCUGACCUGGAUCGCAAGCGCCGAGAGACGGAGGCCCUGCUUCAGAGCAUCGGGAUCUCGCCCGAGCCCCCUCUAGUCCCAACCCCUAUGUCUCCCUCCUCGAAAUCAGUGAGCACUCCCAGUGAAGCUGGAAGCCAAGACUCGGGUGACCUGGGACCGUUAACAAGGACCCUGCAGUGGGACACAGACCCCUCAGUGCUCCAGCUGCAGUCAGACUCAGAACUUGGACGGAGACUGCAUAAGCUGGGCGUGUCGAAGAUCACCCAAGUGGAUUUCCUGCCUAGGGAGGUAGUGUCCUACUCCAAGGAGACCCAGACUCCUCUGGCCACACAUCAGUCUGAAGAGGAUGAGGAUGAUGAGGAAAUGGUGGAACCUAAAGGGGGCCAGGAUUCAGAACAGGAAAAUGAAGACAAAAAGCAGGAGGUGAAGGAAGCUCCUCCAAGGGAGCUGACAGAGGAAGAAAAGCAGCAAAUCCUCCACUCAGAGGAGUUUCUCAUCUUUUUUGAUCGGACAAUACGGGUAAUUGAAAGAGCCCUGGCAGAAGACUCCGAUAUCUUCUUCGACUACAGUGGUCGAGAAUUAGAGGAAAAAGACGGGGACGUCCAGGCUGGAGCCAACCUCUCUUUCAAUCGUCAGUUCUAUGAUGAGCACUGGUCCAAGCAUCGAGUCGUCACUUGUAUGGACUGGUCUCUCCAGUACCCUGAGCUGAUGGUCGCUUCCUACAACAACAACGAAGAUGCUCCCCAUGAACCGGAUGGAGUAGCCUUGGUUUGGAACAUGAAGUUUAAGAAAACCACACCAGAGUAUGUCUUCCACUGUCAGGGUUCUAUAAAGAUCACAGGUGAGAUUGCGGUGACAGCUUUCGCCAUUGAGCGUCUGGCUCUGCGCGAGGUUGCUGCAGACCUCCGUGGGCAGAGUGCUGGGGACGUGGGCUGCUGCUGGGGGCGUGGGCACGGUGGCCAGGCAGCGCUGUUCCUGGCUCACCACGCUGCUGACUGA